AUGUGGCCCCUCGUGCUGCUAUGGGGCUGCCUCUUGUUCCCAGGAUGUGGAGCACUGGUGGGCCCCAAGGAGGUCAGCGGGUUUGAAGGUGACACCGUGUCCGUGCAGUGCACCUACGGGGAGGAGCUGACGACCCACAAGAAAUACUGGUGCAGAAAGACUGGAUUCCUCAUCUCACGCUGCUCCAGCACCGUCUACGUGGGGGAAGACAGCCGGGAGACGACAGAGGGCAGGGUGUCCCUCGAAGACAACCCCCAGGAGCUCACACUCAAAGUGACCCUAAGGAAUCUCACCCUGAAGGACACCGGGAAGUACUUCUGUGGGGUCUCAAAACUGGGCCGAGAUGAGUCUUUCCUGGUCUCUCUGCUUGUCUUUCCAGGUCCCUGCUGCCCUCCCUCCCCCACUCCCUCCUUCCAGCCUCUUGCUACAAGGAGCCUCCAGCCCCAGGCAAAAGCUUGGCAAACUCAGCCCCCAGAAUUGACUUCUCCUCGUCUCCACCAAACAGUCACCACAGCCAAGAAGGGGAAGACAGGGGCUGAGGCCGCUCCGUCCACAGGGGCCCCUCCGUCCACAGGAGCCUCCCCGUCCACAGGGGCCCCUCCGUCCACAGAAGCCUCCCAGUCCGGGCGCGCAGGAACCGCCCCAGACACAGGAACCUCUCCACAUGCGGGCACCUCUCCUCACGAAGCAACCUCUCCUCAUGCAGGGACCUCCCGCCCGUCCACACAGCCCAACCCCACCGCGGUGGAGGACACCCGUCUGGCCCCCAGCAACAGCGGCGGCAGCUCCGUGUCUAGGGUCUCCAUCCCAAUGGCCCGCAUCCUGGCCCCAGUCCUCGUGCUGUUGUCUCUUCUGCUGGCCGCCGGCCUGGCUGCCGUCGGCAGCUGUCUGCUCCGCUGGAGGAAGAAAGCUCAACGGGCCUCAGAGACACAGAGGAACGAGAAAGUCCACCUCUCACACUUGGUAAGGAAGGCAGCUGGCCACCCAAGCUCAGAUCCCUGUGCGUCGCUGGAGUACGCCAUGAUCAACCUUGCAGGGCCCCCUGGGCCUCCAGCCAGCCCAGAGCUCUCCGCCAAGCCCUGCACAGAAAUCCGGGGCCUCAGCCAGACUUCAGAGGAAGAAGAAGCCUCUUCCCAGGACCAGGAGGGCGACAUGAUGCCAGGGCCUCCCCUCCACAUAUCUGGGGAGGAGCUCGGCUUCUCCAAGUUCAUCUCCGUCUAG